UUCACAGGAAAGUGUGGCAUUGACGACCCAGCUCUCAUGCAGUACAGACCGUCCACAACCUGCUUGCCAGUCUCCGCUGCUCUGGCCAGAUCCCAAACACACACAGAGUGAGAAACAGAGAGAGAGAGAGAGAGAGAGAGCAGAUGUGGUGAGUGUGACAGAGGAGGGAACAGUUAGGUGAACUCUACAGAGGGGAAUCCUGAGAGCAGAAAGAAAGGCGAGUGAGGACACAGAACUUUCCACUGCUUGCAUCUUCCUCACAUUCCACUUUUAUUUUACAAACACGUUCAAGUUUUUAAACAUGGAGGUGAUUGAAGACAGCCGCCUGCAUCUGGAGGUGCCCGAGCUGCGCAAGUCUCUUACUGAGAUCUCAGAAGAUGAAAUCAACCUCCCGGCCUCUGAUGAUGAAGACGAAGCCACCGCCGAGAACAAAGCUAAAGAUGCUACAGAGAAAGAAGAGGCUGGGGAGGGUGGCGAGAUGAAUGGAGUCAUGGUCCUCACGCUGCUUGACAAAAUCAUUGGCGCUGUUGACCAGAUCCAGCAGACGCAGGCUGGGUUGGAAGCCCGUCAGCGGGACAUGGAGAGAUCGGUGACAGGCAUCCAGGGGGAGCUCACUAAACUGUCUAAGAGCCACACCACCACAGCCAACACUGUCAAUAAGAUGCUGGAGAAGGUGCGUAAGGUGAGCGUGAAUGUGAAGUCGGUGCGGGGGAACCUGGAGAAACAGGCUGGCCAGAUCAAACGUCUGGAGAGCAACGAGAACGAGCUCCUGAAGAGAAGGAACUUCAAAGUCAUGAUCUAUCAGGACGAAGUGAAAGUAUCUUCGAAAGUCAAUGUGGCCAAGUCAAUGAAGUUUCCAGAGCCUGUGGAAGGGGAAGCUGAGGGUGAACUCAAAGCGGCAGCAGAAGAAGGAGGAGAGGACAAAGAGAAAGUUAAUCUGGACCUGUCCUCUGAUGAAGAGGAGGUGGAGAUUGAGGAGACUAUUGAGGAGUCUCGAGCAGAACGCAUCAAGCGGAGCAGCCUGCAACGCGUCCAGAACAUCAAAACCGUUUUCUCCAAGGGAAAUAUGGAGAAAACCAAACAAAAGACCAAGGAGAACUUGGAGAAGACCAAACAGAAGACCAAAGAAAACCUGGAGAAAACUCGCAUGAAGACCAAAGAGAACUUGGAAAAAACAAGGCAGAAGACUAAGGAAAACCUUGAGAAGACCAAACAGAAGACCCGAGAGAACCUGGAGAAAACACGUCACAACAUAGAAAAGAAAAUGGGCAAACUUGGCACCCGCAUGUCCGUGAACCCCGAGCGCAAGGAGAAAAUGAAGACUUCACAGAAGAAGAUGAUGAAGUCUUUUACUCCUGACCACACCAUCUAUGCCCGCUCCAAAACGGCCGUCUACAAGGUUCCACCGUUCACCUUCCAUGUGAAGAAGAUCCGUGAAGGAGAAGUAGAGAUCCAGGGAACCGAGAUGGUGGAAGUUGGCGGCGACACAGAGGAGGGGGAGAAUGUGGUAAUGGAGGGAGAGGAAGACGCAGAGAUGGAGAUGGAAGGUGGAGAGAUGGUGGAAGAAGACGAGGACGAGACAGAAGACGGCCCUGAGAUGAGAGCGCUGCUGGAGAAAGGAGACGAGCUGGUGCUGGUGGAAGAUCAUGACAGAGACAGCGAUUAGUGUUAUUGUGUGUGUUUGUAUGUGUGUUCAGGGACACUUGCACAUUAGAGAAGCUGUAACAGAAUAAUUGAUGGCUAGGAAGUAUUCUGACCAUGCAAAAAAAAGCUAAUCUUAUUGCUAAAAUCACUGAACUGAUGCCUGAAGAACUUAAGGUUCCUCAAAAGAGCAUCAGAUUCUCCAAACCCUAUUCGUUUUCUCCAGGUUUCCACAGAGUUCCAUCCCCAUUACAGUAUUUGGAGUGUUCUUUGACGUAGUUUAAUCUCCAGUAUGUAGGUGCCCUGAGCAAGUAUGCUGUAAUGCUAGUCCAGAUGUUGAGAUCAUGAAUGUGUCUGUUUGCAUGUGUGUAUUUGCAUAUUUUCUAGCAGCAAUUUGUUUCAAAAUGAAUGUGUGUGAGUGAGAGAUUUACUGUACUAGUCCAAGUAACAUAGUUCCUUGAAUUCACCUUCUUUGUUAAGGGUAUGGGGACUAGGCGUGCUGACCAAUAAGAAUACCAUGUGUAUUCGGGAAUAUUUGUAUGCUAGUUGGGCAUAAUGAACAGACAAUAGCAAUAUUACGAAACCGAUUACAAACACAUGGCUUGAUCAAAUGAACAACAGACUUGUUGGACAGGUAGUUUCCUUGUACUGGAAGAACACUUGGUCACACUUUAUUUUAGUCCUACUGAGGAUUUACGAUGUAACCAGUUCUGGUUGUUCUGGAAAGUUCCCAUAUUUCUUAAUUAUGGUUAUGUAACCCACCAGUCCUACUGGACCCAGCCUACGCUGAGCUGGGAUCGAACCGGCGAUUCUUUGCAUGGGAGUCGGUUGCUCUAACAAGGAGGCUAAAGACCAAGGCCUCUAGCGUCUGUCACUAGAGCACCUCAUGAGGUCAGAGGAGUGAGGUUUACCUGCAUAGCACUUCGCUAACUAGGCUUUGUUACAGUUAGAAUCAUAGCUCGUCCAAAAAUUAAAAUAUACUUACUAUUUACUUGAGUGUUUCCAAAACAUUAUGAGUUUCUUUCUUCUGUUGAACUCAAAAGAAUAGAUGAAAUUUUUAAACCAUCAACAUCCAUACUAAGUCAAUGGUUGCCUUUUGUCAGAUCAUGUCAUCAGAUUAUCUUCUUUUGUGUUCACCCAUAGAUAUAUACACUAGAUAUCGCAUACGGACCCUGAGCAUGUGUCAAUAGCGCCCGCUAACAUUUGUACAGUGCUCCCAGGACCAAUGUCAUUCAACAGCACUAGUCAAGACUGAAGCCAAUGUGAAGAUGCUGGACUUUAGCGCUGUGUACGGGUGUAGUAAUGAGCAAACAAAGAAAUCAAAGCAUAAAGGCUGAACAUUUCAUAGGUAAGAUUUAGUUUUUUAUGAUUUUAUGUUACGAACUUUUAUGCUAAACAAGUAUUGAUGAUAAUACAGUCACUUACUGCACUGACCAUAAGGCAAAGUAGCACCAACUCAUGCUUAAUUCUAGGCUUAUGCUAGUUUGCUUAAAUAAAAUAAGUAAACAGUGUAAAUGAAAUAUGAUAACAAGAUGCUGCGGUGCUAGAAACUUAUAUUAUUGUUGGCUAAGUGAACGAGUCGUUCAUAAUGGGGAUUCAUUUACAAACGAAUCGCACCGUUAGAUUUAGAAGUUAAAGCAGGAGAGGGGGGUGUGUUUUAAGACACAGAUUGGAUCAAAUUUAACAGGGAGAGAGGAUAAUACAUUUGCAUAAACACAAACACUCGCUCUUUGUCGGAAAUGCCCAUGUGAUCACUUAUCUAUCGAUGUAGAAAAGUGAUGUAAAAUUAUAAUUAUAAUAAAAUGUGCAUACUGACCACCGGGAAAACUCCAGAUCAUAGAUAUAUGUGUAUAUCUCUGGCCUCUGGCUCCAGAUGGCCAGUCUUCCGCUACACCUUGGUCCCACAGGUGCGCUAGUCUGUACUAAAAUGGCGGCUCAAUUGAUGCUUUUUUUUUUUUUUUUUUGCAAUAGACAACAAUAGCAUAGGCGACAUCUAAUGUAUAUAUCUAUGGUGGUCACCAAAUGGGUUUGUCACAAUUAAAGUCCGAGUGAAUGUUUUGGCGAACUGUCCCUUUAAGAUUAAGGAUUGGGUUAGGACUAAAAUUAACAAUGAAACGGCCAUGUUAAUAAAAUUCACGUCUAAAUGUAAUUAUUACAUGUAGCGACAUGUAUGUACAUGAUAUGUACGCUGUAUCAGUUGAUUAAGUACAUGCAAGGCCACCUAAAUUAAAGUGUGACUGAUUGUUUCCUUCCUGUGCUCAUCACAUAUGUAACGUUGCUGUUCUUCACUUUUCAUCUAUGGAGGAACAAACCAAAAAACCUGAAGUAUUGCUUCUACGUGCUCGUUUUUAUAUAUAUUUUAUAUAUCUUGGAGUUUAAUGUUACAUUUUCCGCAAAACAGGCUGUCGUAAUCAAACUGUUACACUGAUUGUUUUGGCCUCAAUGUGAUAAAUUGUUCUGCAUGAGGUUUACAGAGAAAUAUCGAAAUAUACGGAUUAUAGAAGAAGUAUAAUGCUCUACGUGAAAAUAGUUUCAGAAUAGCGCUCUAGGCUUGCUCAACCUCAACCUUUGUGUUAGAUUUGUACGCCCCCUGGUGGACAUGUGUGGUAAUGUUGUAAAAAGCCACUGAGGCGCCUGACGUCAUCAGCACUCGCUCAUAUGAUUUUGAAUCACCGCUAUUACUGAGAGCACAAUCCUGUCUCCGUUGUGUUACUUUUAUUCUUCUCGUUGUUGAGGUUGUAUCAUUUUCAAUAGUUGCGUAAUCUUGCAAAACUUCUCUUGGUUUUAUUUUUGCUUCUUUAGCUGAUGAUGCAUAUCACGUAAUGUCACGUCUUAACCACUAAUGUGUUAAUAAAAACAUUCAUGCUUCAAA